AAAGACAUGUACGAAUUCUUUGUGUGUGUUUUGAUGAUAAUGUUUUACUACAAGUUCAUUUAUAGAACUAUAUACAUUUGUAUUGGGGUAUUCCAUUCUCUUGGUUAUCCUGAUUUAGAAACUGAGCUACAGAAUAGGCUUCCUGAAUACAGAGUAUCUAGCGGUUCUUAUAGACGUUCCAGUCUCAACGGCCUUUUUAUAAUUUCGCUUAUUUUAUGCCUGAUACCGUCGUUUUUCACACGGGGAUACCAAAUUAUCUGGAUUUAUUUAAAAAGCCUGCCGAGAAAUGCUGCACUUAUACUGACUGUUGGACUUCCGGCCAUCCUAAUACUUUCCAUAACAGAGAUUCUUGACUUUGAAGUUACUUUUGAAGGCAAUAUUAUAUUCUCCAGUCAGUUUCCUGAAGGAACUCCAACCGUAAGCCAGUUGGUGCAAAUCAUUAAAAAUGAAGACAUAAGGCUAAACCUUCACAGACUAAUUUUUAUUCCAAUCGUACUAAUUAUUGGUGUAUGCCUUAGCGCAAGGUCUAAGCCUGAAAGGAGAUCGGCAAUUAUGCACCCAAACAUGGGAAAACCUAAUCAUCGCAGAAGACGUCGUCAAAAUCGUAAUCUUAUCUAAAAAGAUCUAAGAUCAUGAACAAUAAAUUCAAGAUUUUGCAAAUAAAAAUUUUAAAAUUAAAGAUC